ACGGCUCCUACGAACGUGAGGUGGAUCCAGGUAUGUGACCGUUGCUUAGGGUUUAUUCCCUUGUCCCUUUCUCUUUCUCCGCACCGUUCUUGAACUUCCUCUUCCUAUAUAAUCUAUAACUGCCAAUCUCCGGACAAGAAGCCCCAACACAUCCCCACACAGAAGAGAGAGAGAGAGGAGAGUGUUCUUCUGUUCCCUCUCUUCCGUUGGAGCUUUCAACUUUGUGGUCACCCUUUUGAGUUUGAGGUUUCAAGAAUUCAUCAUCCGCCAUGACUGUUGAGCAUGUAGCUGCUACCCAGAUGGCCGCUGAUGUUGUGGCCCCUCAGGAUGAGGCCAAGAAGGUGGUGGAGGAGACCAAGGAGGUGAUCGAUCAAUGCCACCAGGCGGCGAGGGUGCCGGAGGACGAGGCCGCGGCCGAGCCCAAGGCCGUCGAGAAGAGCUCUUCGUACCGGGAGGAGAGCUAUUUCCUCUCUGACCUCAAGGAGUGCGAGAGGAAGGCCCUGAGCGAGCUCCGGUCCAAGCUCGAGGACGCCAUCCUCGGGAACGCUCUCUUCGAGAAGCCCGAGGAGAAGAAGAAGAGCAAGAAGGAGGAGGCGCCCUGCGAUGAGAAUGCCGAGAAGGAAAAGGAGGCCGAGAAAGCGCCCUGCGAUGAAGAGGCCGAGAAGGAGGAGGGCGGCGGCGACGGCGAGGAGGCGAAACAGGAGGAGGAGAAGAAAGAAGAGGAGGAGGGAAAAUGUGUCGAGGUGGACAGGGAGAUCGCUCUCUGGGGAGUCCCGCUCCUUCCGAGCAAAGGUGCGGAGGAGACCAAUGUGGUCCUGUUGAAGUUCUUGAGGGCCAGAGAGUUCAAGGUGAAUGAGGCCUUCGAGAUGCUCAAGAAGACCCUCCGGUGGAGGAAGGAGUCCGGCGCGGAUGCGGCCCUCGGCGAGGGGUUCGACCCCGAGUUGAGCUCGGCCGCGUACUGGGACGGGAGCGACCGCGAAGGGCACCCCGUGUGCUACAACGUCUACGGGGUGUUCAGGGAUGAGGGGCUCUACCGGAAGGCGUUCGGGACCGAGGAGAACCGCGACCGGUUCUUGAGAUGGAGGGUCCAGCUGAUGGAGCAGGGCAUCAAGAAGCUCGACAUGAAGCCCGGCGGCGUCUCCUCGAUGCUCCAGAUCAACGAUCUGAAGAACUCACCUGGGCCGACGAAGAAGGAUCUCCGGAUCACAACCCAGCGCGCCAUCGACCUCUUGCAGGACAAUUAUCCGGAGCUCGUGGCGAGGAAUAUAUUCAUACAUGUUCCGUUCUGGUACUAUGCACUCAAUGCCCUCGUCUCCCCUUUCCUAACCCAAAGAACCAAGAGCAAAUUCGUCGUCGCUCGCCCUGGCAAGGUCACCAAAACCUUGCUCAAGUACAUCCCGGCUGCGGAGUUACCGGUUCAGUACGGCGGAUUCAAGAGAGAGAAGGAUUUCGAGUUCUCGAGCGAGGAUGGUUCCGUGUCUGAGCUCACCGUUAAAGCUGGAUCGACCGAAACCAUCGAGCUACCGAUCGAAGAGACGGGAAGCACAUUGCUUUGGGACCUCACAGUGAUGGGCUGGGAGGUGAGCUACAAGGAAGAGUUCGUGCCUAGUGAUGAGGGGUCAUACACAGUAAUUGUUCGGAAGGGAAAGAAGAUGGCACCGAACCAAGGACCAAUCCGCAACACUUUCCGGAACAACGAGCCCGGGAAGGUCGUUCUCACAAUCGAGAACGUUUCAACCAAGAAGAAGAGGAUUCUGUACCGGUACAAGAACAAGAAAUGCUCCAGCUUCUGAGGUUGGCAAGACUAGGUGGUGAUGAUUGUCACAUGUUUUGGUUUCAAAGAGAAUUUGUUAUGUACUUAAUUUUUUGGUUUGGAAUUUGAUGAGGGGAGUGAUUCCUACAGUGAGAUUAGAGAACAAAAGAGGUGGUCCUUUAAAGCUUUUUUGAUUUCUUGGUUCUUUUAUAGUUGCCAGAUUCAAGUUUGCAAUUAUUGGUGGGUGUCUAUAGUGCUAUUGAAGUUUCCAUUCUUUUGCAAGACUGAAAUAAUCUUGACUUUAUAUUUUUCUUGAA